AUGAAUCGAUUGGAAGAACAAUUAUUCGAACGAUAUGCGGAGUUAGAUCAACGCGUGGCUCAAUAUCGAGAAGAAAUGACCAUAUUGGAAGACUUGUUAAUUGAGAUUGCUACAAGAAGAGAUGAAGUCGAAGCAGGUGGCGAAAUUAUUCCAAAUGAUGUUGACACCCGACGAGAACGCAGACUUCACAGAAAACGCUCAGCAAGUCCAUUAUACGAUCUCAUUCGCAUUGCAAGAGAUGAAAUUCCUCCCGCAGAUCCCUUCGUAUCUUCAGAUCAAAAACGAGAAGAGGAGGAAGUUGUUACAGGACCAAUUAAACGACUCCGAACAAAUGAGAGGAGAUAUCCAUGUGAUCAAUAA